UGUAAUAUCGGCGUCAGUGCAACACACGGUGCUACCUCAGUACGGUUUCAGUACCAUUGUGCGAUUCCAGCUGUCCUCAUGUAGGGUUUUUAUAAGUCGUAUGACCGCAAAAAGAAGAUAUAACCGGCUGUUUCCGCACUGAGCGGCCUCGGUAGAGACCCUGGGAAUCCGCUGAAGGUAACGUACGAGUUCCCCUCUGCCUCAGCAUCUAGAUGGGUGAAUCAGGCUCACGCCGUUCCACGCUUGUGUCGCGCCUGCCGAUCUUCCGCCGCAGCAGCAGUAAGAGGCAGGAGUCUCUCCCCUCCUCUCCGUCUUCAGGCGGAGUGGGAAAUGGCGUCCACAGCUCAUCCCCCUCCAGCACCAACUCCAGCUCUGGCAGCACCGGGAAGCGCCGCAGCCUUUUCCGCACUCCGUCUCUCAGCUUCACAGCUAAACGGAACAGUGAACCACGUGUCCAGCCUAUAAACCUAAACCUCACACCUCCGCUCACCCAGGGCACGGACUCAAACGGAAAUAACCAGCAGACAAUAACAACGUCAUUGUCAACAGGAUUCAGUGAAGGUGGUGUACGCCCCAAGUCACGUCACUCAUUCGGUUUCGGCAGCCACAAGAAGAAAAUCACACGCUCUCAGACCGAGGAUUUUGAGAAUGGUUCCUCAUCCUCCUCCACAGCCAAUCGAAAUGUCUUUAUAAACUGCAUCAGUGGCUCAGGGGCCAAUGAGGGUGACGACUCUGGGUUCCUCGAUGACUACAGUGCUGGCAGUAAUACCAACAAACGGUCUUCACGCCAGAAGAAACAGCUGCUGCCCAAAUCUUUCUCAGCUCACCACCGCUUCUCCCGGACCUCCGAUCACCACAGACCUCCAGAAGUGAAUCUGGAACCUCCAAGCUCCACCACCAUCACUCCAGGGGCAGGAGGGGUCACCCCGGAGUCAUGGCCAGGCGAGCUGCUUGGUGCUGGUGGUGAGAGCUCGCUCCAGUCUCCUAUGAUAUCAGAGGACCGAACCACAGCUAUCACCCCUUCAGAGUUCAUCCCCAUCACGGAGGAUUCUGUAUCCGAGGUGGAUGCUCUGCCAGCCCCCAGCCCUGGAUCUGGUUUAGGCCCAGGAUCUGCCCCUGUGCCUGGGCUGGGUACUGACACAGCUCCACCUGACCCCCCACCUGCUCCAGAGAACUUAAGCGUGGCUGUUUCUACCUCUCAGGUUUUCUUCACUCCAGCCCAAUCCAGCACUGAGAAACCUUUACUCCCCGACACCAGCACAGCCAACAACACCGACUACGAGACUGCCAUUUCCCUCUCGGAGCCCGAGACCGCUGUACCCUGCCUACCUCUGCAGGAGCAAUCACUGGAAGAGAGGAGGGAGCGGGAGGAGGAGAGAAAGGAAGCGAGGGAAGAGGUGUCAGCCGAGCAGAGGAAGGAGAUGGUCGAGGAGAGGAAGGCAGGUUACCACACAGAGACCACAAGUGAGAGCGAGGCGUGCGUGGUGCGCAGCGAGGGUUGCCACUCUAACCCAGAGCAAUCGGAAAGGAGGGCAAGAAACACGCUCUCUGUUCAAGAAAGAGGAAGCUUCUGUGGCUGUCACGAACCCAGGUCCUCUCACUUGAGGAAACCACAUGCAGCCUCUCUGUGUAGCAGUGUCAGCCCCUAUCAUGAGGUGAUGCGGAUGGAAAGACGUCUGCGCUCCUCGUCUGAGGGGGCUGGUGGGCCUCGUAUCCAUGGAAACCACAGAGAUGCCCCGGGCAUGGAAGGAUGUGGUCUGCUCAAACACAGAAACAACUCCUCAUCAUCCAAACUGGGGAGUCUGGACGUUUUAAACAACCUGGGUUCCUCAGAGCUGGAUGAAGAUGAUCUCAUGUUAGACCUGGACCUCUCUGAUGAUCAGCGACAUCGACACGUGUCCAGAGAAGACUCCAGUCAGUCCCUGGCCUCCUGUCUCAAUCUGCUCCCCUCCCCCAUGGAUCCAUCAGGAGAUCGCAUCCCGGGCAAAGAAAACAAUCAGAGGGAGCCCAGCCGUCCAACCAGCCUGCUGCCUGCUGACUGGAGCUUGGGGCCUGGUUCAGGGAGGGAAGAUGAGCCCUUACCUCCAGGGCUGGAAACCCUUCCGCUCAGACUGAUGCAGCAGGACUGUACUGCUGUCAAAACCCUGCUUUUAAGGCUGAGACGUACACUGCAGGAGAGCACAGAGACGAGUCCUGCCAGCAGCCUUCAGUCUCUACCCAUCAGCCCUUGCAGUGAAAAGUCCCUUCCAUUUAAGGAUCCCGGCAGAGAGGAGGCCUUGCUGCAACAACUGAGAGAGAAAGAUGAACUGAUUCUCAGACUGCAGAAUGAACUGGAGAGUGCCAAAGCUGUCCUGAAGAUGAAAGACUGCCAAAUGACUGACCGCACAACACAGACAGAACACAUGGGGCCAGAGGCCAGUCAUCCAGGCCGGUGGUCAGGACUCGGCAGCAGCCUGCCUCCAAGGGACCGAAGGGUGGUGCGGGGUACGGGGGCAGCACUCGGAGGGGACCACUCUAACCAGCACCUCCCCCACCACCAUCCACUUCUGCACGGCCGGCCUCCUGCCUCCGAACGACACACUGCCAGGGAGGAGCGCCGCUGCCAGGGUGUCUUGGCACAGCCCACAGCCCAUAACCCUGCUCCAAAUGUGGCUGCGGGCUCCUCCAGCCUGUCCUCUACCACUUCUGCAGUGUCAGCUCAAGGCUCACCGACCACUCCAGCCCAGCUUCAAGUUUCAAAUCCACAACCAGGCUCCGGUUCAGCGGCUGCUCAUCACUCCGCGAUUCCAUCUCUGUCCUCCAGGCAGCCAGAGGGGGUGUCCUCCUCUUCUGAGUCCUUAACUCAAGGAGGAGGAGGUGGAAUGAGUCUGUCAGGUGGGGUAAGGAGAGGAGGAGGAGAGCACCAUCCCCUUAGCCAUAUCCCCCGUGCAGUCGGGGCCAGCUCCUCCUCAAGCCUGCACAGUCUUGCAAGCAGAGGGAGCCCCUCUCAAAGCAUCUCAUCGUCCGUCCAAGCCGCCCCUCAACCUCCUACUCCUUCCUCAGCCUCCUCCUCCUCCUCCUCCUCCUCCACGUUUACGGGUCGUUUAGGACAACCACCUCGAGGCCCCCUGUCUCUGCAUAGCUACAGUCGUAAAAACGUCUUCCUCCAACAUUCCCUACACACCUCAGAGCUGCAAGCUCUGACGCAGAGAGACAGUUGAGGGCACACAAACAUUUACGCCAUCCCAAACACGAGCAGCCAUAUUGACUCCCGGAAUCAUCAACCACACACUUACAAUCCAGACCAACCCUUCGCUGACAUUUUGUUCAUGGAUUCGCUCACUUGAACACACAUUCAUGCGCAAGGUCACACACACACACAGAGUAUGUACACACUGUGAGUAUGAAAAAGGCACUCACCCGUCUAUCAGAACACCCACGUUGUGUCAUGCUGACAGUUUAGAUGUGCUUACGCCCACAGACACAGAAAGUGCACACACACACAAACUCAUAUCCGCGCGCGCACACACACACACACACAUGCAAACACACACACCUAGUUAUACACACUUAAAUACACGCUUUCACACAGAGACAUCAUCUGUGAUAUCUCUGCCUCACAAUCUGCACAAAUAACAGGCCGUUAAUACUGAACGAAGAGAUGAGGUAUGUAUUUGUGUGUGCAUUGUUAAAGAUGUAUUUUUUAUCCAUUUAUGUGAUAAUUUUUACCAGUUUAAAACCACGUGCUGCUUAAGGAAAUAUGGGAUUGACCAUAAUUUGUGCUGGUUAGGAUAUAUUCUCACAUUGCCAAACAUCACAUCUGCUCUUCAUUCCUUGAUGUCCACCAACAGAACUCCAGAUGAAAAUACCUGUUUAGAGGAACGUCCGCACCAUGACCCUUUUACUGCAUGCUUUUUAAAAUUUAAGGACAACACAGGUGAGCAUUUUGUAGUGCAACAGAAGCGGGAUCUGGGUGAAUUUUAAAGUCUUUUCAUAAUGUUUCAGUAUCAACUCUCACCUCGCUGUUUCAAGAAGGGAAUCAAUCCUGAGUGUUUUGAGAGCCGAAUGUCUGCCCUGUUGCUCCCUUCAAUAAGACAUUAGGUGGACUUUUCGUUUAAUGCUGGACCGCUUUUUUGUAGAAAUACAAUGUUGCGAUAUUACUCACAUUAUAUACAAGAGUCAGUGUAUCUGCAGUGUUGGAUUAGUCCAAUACAGAAGUUGAAAUGAAGAGUUUCAUUCUAAAAUGAGAUGUCUGCUAUUUGAAUAGGCACUUCAGUAUAAUGGCAAAAUGACACUUGAGUCGGGUAAGUAGCACUACUGAACACAUAAGACAACAAGAGUUUUAGAUUUGGCACAAGCAGCAUUAUGUAUUUUUUCCAAAAUUGGAAAAAACAAGUAUCAAGGUUUUGGAAUGAAGCCCUUCAGGUCUUCUUAAGGGCUGGGUAUUGAAAAGGAAUACUUACUGGUGCUUUCCCAAACGACAAGUGUCACUAUCCAUUUUUUAGGAUUCAACGAAAACAUGUUUGAAGUAAUGGCAUUUCGGCUGGCUGACAUGUUUUCUGUGACAAUUUUUCUUGAGGCAAUCAAUUGAGUAGAGUCUGAUUCUGCUUCAGGGAAAUGACAAAACAAAUAUUGCAAAGGAAGUUCUCUGCUUGAUCAAAUAAUGAAAAGACAGAAACAGAAACAUGAUUUUACAAACUAUCCCAUUUGUAAAAUCAUCAGCAUCAGGUUUUGGUUUUUUUUUUAACUGAUACCCAGUCCUUAUAUGUUAGCCUUCUUUUAUCGUCCCGAUCUCAGAUGUGUUGGGGUUUUUUUAAAAAAACUGACCUUACGAGUCGCCAUUUGGUACAAUAAGGCUUGCAAUUACGUUGUUUUUGACAGUAGGACAACUGCUUUUUGAAUGAGAUUUACAUGAAUUGUAACUGCCAUGAUUUGAAAAGCAUCAUUCACACUUUAGAGACAAAGCAUGUCACAAUUUAACAAGUGAGAAAACCCACCUUUUCUACAUCUAUGAACAACUGGGCUGGAUAACAACCUGUUCAAUCUGCCACUGUUGAAUAUGAUAUUUGCUCUGCUCAACUGACUAGGCCGUCGAGCAGCCCUUUUUUCCCCGUAGGCUUUAGGGCAAACAAAUCUCUUAAUGUCAACCGGGAGGCGGGAGCCUGCUGCUGAGCACAGGCCAGAAGUUCACGGCUCCUGGCGUCGACAGAAAAUGUUAGAUUUUGAAGAAGUUGUUGACCUUGUCUGUCUAUAAACGGCACCUGGCUGUAGGGAGGUUGUAUAAAUUGUGUGUGUCUGCGUGUGUGUGUGCUUGUAUGUGUGUGUUGUAAUGCACACCUCAUAAGGGAAGGGAAGGUAGAGGUGAAGAAAAGCCUGAAGGGAGACAGCACUGCUCCCACCGGUGGAAGUUACAACUCUCCCUCUGUUCUGCUUCACUUGCACACUGCUUCUUCUUUUUAUCCCCUUUUUUCUUCAUUUUGCAUCGAUCCACUCCUCAUUCCCUUUCAAUCUUUCCAAGCCCCUGUCUCGCAGCAUCCCACUCUCCUGCAUGCAAACUUACAUUCCGCUCUUCUUUUUCAAUCCGUAAUCUUCCCUCUCCCUCUCUCCCACCUCUCGCCUGCUUAGCUUGCUUACCCACAGCUUAUAUUGUCAUACAGGGUACCUAUCACAGACUCUGUUUCAGUGGCUCUCAGUCCUGUGCAUUGGGACCUGCAGCGCUGCUGAUUUUCAUUCCAACUGUCUAAUCAGGGAAUAAUUUUACACCUGGUGAAUGCAAUUAACUACCUGGUAGGCUAGACGGCCAUCAGCGAUGUGACUCCCGAGGAUCUGGACUGAGAACCGCAGCUGUAAUAUGAGCCGAGCGUUCCCUGCUUGGUUUGUUUACAGGUCGAGGGUAACAAUGUUUUGUCGCUGGCUGACCUGUGAAGAACUGCUAUUUACAUCCCGUGUCAGUGCAUGCAUCAUAAUGUAGUUGACACCAUGCGAAAUACCAUAAGGGAGUAUUUGGCCCUGUUUGCAUUGCCCACUCAGGUUUAAUUUUUUCACCGUGUCUCAGACAGCUGUGCUCGUUUCAGCUGUGUUCAGAUCAGCAAACCACAGAGGUAAUUUGCUGGUUAAUGUCACAUAUCAUGAAAGGGAAAAAGCCACAUCUGAGAUGGCAGUUCAAACGUGGCACUGCACUGAGGUCUUUAAAAAGACAUUGCUCCCUGUCACAUUGUAAGAAUGAACUGAUAUUGAAUUUCACUGCUGGGAAACGAGGGUCCAGGAACCCUGUAAUCAUGAAGCAGGCACACCUCACAAACCUCAAUUCUUCACUUUAUUUAGCAGCAUGUUGUGCAUUUAAGACAUUUUAUUUGUUGGAAAGUUAUUUAUUGUUUGCUGCCUUAUUUAUAUUUAUUGCCAUAGAACCAGUUUCCUAAAAGCAUCUUGGCACUAACAAAUAAAGAUAGCAGUCAUGAUGAUCAUCAUGAUGGAAAUGACAAUAAUAAUAAUCAUCAUAUUAUUGUUAUGAUUUUAAUGAAUUACAGUUAUUAUGCUGUCUUAGCUUUUUAAUGUGCUCACUGUAAUAAUGUUUGUUUCUUUAUGAAUUCUGUGAAUAAUGAAACCGAACUGUAUAAUUGUACAUAAAUUAUUGUAACUGUUAAUGCUCACUGUUGAUGGAAACAAUCGUUUCAGGCUCAUGUAAAUGACACUUAAGACUCGGGUUCACAAACAUUGUUUGCUGGCACACAACAGACUAAAACACAACAAUAGAAGUGAAGAUUUUGUUUCAAAUGCAGUGGGAGGUCUAAGGUGUUACCAAAGUGUUUCAGGCUACACAGUAAAUCACACAUCAGAAAACUAAUCAGACCAACUUGCUAAAUUUUACAUGUAAAGGCCAGUUGACUUGCUUUGGUGUAGGAUCGCUGAUUCAACCUGUCCCUGCUCUGAAAUCCAGCCUUUGCACUAUGACGAUUUCUGCUUGAGAUGACUUUGAAGGACAAACUUUUGCCUAAAUGUGUCAGAAAAGUGGAUGAUGAUAAUCUACUUAAGCUGCUUUUUUCAGUUCAGGAUGAAGUCUGUGGCAUAUAAAACUUUUGGGUGAACUCAUACUGUGAGCCUCUGACCAGUUAGCAGUUUAGAAGUUUUGUCUGUUGACAAGAACUGUUUGAUGGGCUUAUCUGUUGUCCAAAAAACCUUGCAGUGUGUGUUUACCCAAAGUAUUUCUUUUCAGUUUUUGUCCAAGAUUUUUUUUGUCAUUACCACAGUUGUUAGUUCACAUGAAAAAUGUUGUAUCAAAAGAUUUUUGUCCACUGUCUCCUUAUUGUUAAUAUUUAAUACAAAUAAAAGUGAUG